CUCAUAUGUGUUCAACUCUGCCUAUUUUCUCACCCCCGGACAGCCUAUACCUUCGAUGUUGUGGCUUUCUCUAUGGCUGUGGUCCCUGAGAAGACAAGUCCCGAAGACGUCGUUGACGCGACGGCUUCGAUAGUAACCCUAGAGGAGGUGUAUUGCGUCCAACACUUCGGUGAACGCAACUAUGCCAAGACAGCGUGAAGAGCGAAGCCGCGAUGGCUAAAAUCGUCGACGCUGCCAGCCUCGUCAUCGGGGAGGAACGCGUCUCAAUCGUACCCCUGAGCCCGCAAGUCACCCAAGUGACCGUCAUGUUUCUCCCGUGCCGUGUUUCCAGUGAAACCUUGGCUCAAGCGCUGUCACCGUACGGCAAAGUACUUCACAUCAGCCGAGGUGUGAUGGGCUCGCGUCCCACUGUCACCACCGGAACGCGCUACGUCUGCAUCGAGCUGAAGCCCGGCUCACCAGUACCCAGAUACCUGAAAGUGGCAGGCCGCCGCGUGACCUGCGACUUCAAAGGAACGCAGCGCGUCUGUCGGCGUUGUGGGUCUUCGGGCCAUUUACGUGUGCAGUGCACGGCACCCUUCUGCGGAGGGUGUUGCAUCUAUGGCCACAUCGGCAAGGGCUGCGUUCUACCGUGCCGCCGCUGUGGGGACCCGCACGCAACAGUCGCCUGCUCCCUGCGGCGAACAUACUCGGAGGCGGCGUCGAAGAACUCUCCGCCGCUUCAGUCGAGUACGCACGCACCUGAUCAACCGACCGAUUCGCCAGCUGCGUUAACUUCCGCCUUAAGACGCGCUACAAGCGGCACCAGCUGGAACGCCGGCAGCGUCCCCCGCGAGCUCCGUACAGGAGAACGGCGGAAGUGGUCUGGAACCGGCCAAAACACCGUGUACCCAGGAGAUAGCCGGUGAGCACGGCGUCGAGCCCCUUGCAUCGAGAGAGCCCACAGAGGACAACGCUCCAGAGGCCGUGUUGUCGCCUUGUUUGUCCGUAGACUCUGUGGCGUGCCAUUUUGUGAUCGAUGAGACGCCAGACCAGGAUGACGACGCGGCGUCCCUGUGUGACGCAUCCACCAGCUAGCUCUUCGUGUGUGUCGUCGACAAGAAUCGAGGACAGUACUCCUAGUGACUUGAGCCGUGGCAGCCCGGACAUAUUUGUACUACCCUCCCUCACCACCGCUGGCACGAAAAGGCACUACGGCUCCACCAGCGACUCGGACAUUCUGUCUCAUGACAUGGGCCUAUUGAGGGCUUCCUCUCGACCCCGGAAGCCUCGUGCUUCUGCCGGGUCGCCAGCGGGUAAAAAGGCAGUCUUCUAUCCGAGAUGUCGCUUCUGCUGUUCGUGCUCGCUUGCGCCACUUGGACUGUUGGAGCCCUGAAGGAAUCGGAACCACCCCACAUCGUGUUCAUCCUAGCCGACGACCUGGGAUGGGAUGACGUGAGCAUGCACGGCUCCCCGCAGAUCCCGACGCCCAACAUCGACGCCCUGGCCUGCGCGGGAAUGGCGCUCAACAACUACUACGUGCAACCGCUCUGCUCGCCUUCCAGGGCGGCGCUGUUGAGCGGCCUCUACGCCAUACACACCGGUUUUCAAGAAAGUGCCAUAUUGCCCGGAGUGCCAGCGGCAUUGUCCCUGAACGUGAAGAUUAUGCCUGAGUAUCUCAAAGAUCUGGGCUAUGAAACGCACAUGCUAGGAAAGUGGCACAUUGGAUGUCAUAGCCUGAAUUAUACUCCAACAUAUCGAGGCUUCGACAGCUUUUGCGGCAUACACACUGGGCCUGACGACUACUACAGCCACAUCUUGGAAUGGGAAGGUCGCAGAGGCCUUGACUUCUGGAACGAUACGCAGCCCCUUACGACCGAGGACGGAAAAUAUUCCACCACUCUGUUCACGGAGCGGGCUGCUUCUAUCAUAUCGAACAGGGACAAAUCGAAACCCCUGUUCCUGUACCUGGCGCAUCAGGCGUCACACGGCGGCAUAAAUCCGAAUCCAUUGCAAGCCCCGGAGGAAAACGUGGCUAAAUUUCCAUACAUUGGCCAACCGGACAGAACAAUUUAUGCGGGGAUGGUGGACGCCCUGGACCAGUCCGUCGGGGCUGUUCUGGAAGCGCUCGAAGCCGAGUCCAUGCUGAGGAACACGAUCAUCGUGUUCAGCAGCGACAACGGUGGCUCCCCCACGGGAUUCGUGUCCAACUUCGGUUUCAACUGGCCCUUGCGCGGUGCCAAGCAGACCGUUUGGGAAGGUGGCAUCCGUGCAAGCGCGUUCAUCUGGAGUCCUCAGCUUCGUCAUGGCGGGAAGGUGUCGCAGCAGCUCAUGCACAUCACCGAUUGGUUGCCAACGCUAUACGCGGCCGCUGGAGGAGACGUGAAGCGCCUAGGUGCUCUCGACGGUAUCGACAUGUGGCACUCCCUCGUCGUCGGCAAGCCGUCACCUCGCAGCGAGCUACUGCACAACAUCGAUCAGAAUGCCGGAAUAGCUGCUCUGCGUUAUCGAGACUUCAAGCUGGUCGUGGGGAGCGACGGGGAGCUGGACGCGCGCUUCGAGGUCCCAGGAGGUAGCCGACCGUACAGAGACCUGGACGCCCUGCUGAAGCAGUCCAAGGCAGCCGCCGUGCUGAGGCGAUUCUACGGGAAGAAGGACGUGUUCAAGCACGUCGACAAAUGGAGGCGGCAGGCGACGCUCAAGUGCGGUCAUGUUCACGACGCCAACUUCCGAAUGGGCGGCACCUACUACCUCUUCGACAUAGCCGAUGACCCGUGCGAGCAGCGAAACCUGGCCGAGGAGCGACCCGACGUCUUGUCUAUGAUGUUGGAAAAGCUCGCCAUCUACAACGAGACGGUAGUGCCACCUGUGACUACACUGGAAGAUCCCAGGAGUUACCCUGACCAGCACAAUGGCAUUUGGGCACCGUGGCUAUGAAAUCGAAAUGGGAUGCGUAGUCAUUUGAAGAAAGUGGACCACCCAAAUCGUUCAACCUGAAAAAUGAGUAACGCCUCAUCGCGUACGUGCCUUCGAGAAAGGAGCCGAUCCUCUUAAGGACUUGUCCGUUCUAAGUUAGGACCCCCAUUUGUAUAUGCCGUACAUUACGAAUUCAUAGUGCGCAAUAAAUGAAAACAAAUCAGUUAUUUGACAGUGAUUUCUAUCGCACUAGAGCGUCUUAGAAAACUAGGUCGCAUCGCAUCGACGCAAUUCCACUUUCGCAGUGGCGUGAAGCAAUAUAUUUCCUUUACUCCUUGAUAAACCGUAAAUUUCCUUUAGAUCCUAGUCCACACAUAACUCUUUCUGCAUCCAGGAAAACCUCUUUAAAUUUUCAUUCUUUCCUCGAACUAUAGAAGAAUGGAACCUCAUCCCUUUCCAUCAUCUGAACUCACCUGAAUCAAUUCAAACUCAUAUUAUUAGUAUUUUCUAACUAACAUUGCUUUUUCGUGCUAUAUUGUUUCAUUUCUUGAAUUUCAUAUUUUUGCAAUUCUGCCUUUUGUACGUGUACUUUUAAUUGUUACCAUGCGCUUCCUGCUUGGGCCACGCGGCCUGCAGUAUGAUAUAAAUAAAUAAAUAAAUAAAUAAAUAAAUAAAUAAAUAAAUAAAUAAAUAAAUAAAUAAAUAAAUAAGUAAAUAAAUAAAUAAAUAAAUAAAUAAAUAAAUAAAUAAAUAAAUAAAUAAAUAAAUA